AUGACACUGACGGGCGGGGUCCUAUGGACUUCGAGCCCGGUACCACGUCUCCCUUCCACCGGCCCUCGUUAUCAGCCUCCCAUUCAGCUGCGGAGUUUGACAGCAGGCAGACGCCUCAGAGGCCGUCUCGCCCAACGCCUUCGUUUUGCAUUUGAGGAAACUGAGGCCAGCAGGUGGGUGGCUGAAGUCCGCGCGGAGCCCGGGCCGACCCAGUGGAGGGGUCGAAGCGCGCGCUUUGCCUGCACGCCCCGGUCCAGGCAGCAGGGAGUGGAAACAGCCCCCGGGGAGAGGCUCGGGAGCCUCGCUUUGGGCCGGAGGUCACCAACAAGAGAAGAGGCCAGAGUGGUCGCGGCCGCUCCUUCCCGCCAUCUCCGCUCUCUAUCCCGGAAGCUGACGCUGCGCGGCGGAGCUGGGAGUGUUUGGCUGCGGGGCAUCUUUCGGGACUGUUCGCGCUGGGCCUCCAGGAGCGCAGACAUGCCUUUGGCAAGAGAUUUAGUGCAUCCAUCCCUAGAGGAUGAAAAGAAGAAACAUAAAAAGAAACGCCUGGUUCAGAGUCCAAAUUCUUACUUUAUGGAUGUCAAGUGUCCAGGCUGCUACAAGAUCACCACAGUCUUCAGUCAUGCCCAGACAGUGGUUCUUUGUGUAGGUUGCUCAACUGUGUUGUGCCAGCCUACAGGAGGAAAGGCCAGACUCACAGAAGGUUGCUCAUUUAGAAGAAAGCAACAUUAAUGACAUUCAACUUCGUGAAUUCAACAUAAUAUAUAUCUCAGAAAGCCUUAUCUGUUCAGCAAUGCAAGUUAAUCUAAUAUGUCAGUAUAAUUAAGUUUGACUUUGUAAGGUAUGUAACAGUGGUCUUCUGUUUUGGAGUCUGUUUUACAUUAAAAUUUUAAUUAUAUGCAACA